GUUGCUGAUUUCCAUUUACCAAUGUCUAAUGAUGGCUGUGUUUGUGUUUUCAGAUCGGAGUGAAUCAAACAGUGCAGAUAGAAUUUGUCUCUGGAAAAACUGCUUGAAAUGCUUUUUAUUUAUUAGGAAAAAUGGAAAAAGAAAAAAUAAGCGAUGACGAAAAACCAGACCCAGAGAACUCUCUAGAUUUUUCUAAGCAGUUUAAUCAGCUUGAAUUGUUGGAGACACACAGACACCUGAUUCCCACUGGUACGCAGAGUCUCUGGGUAGGCGACUCUGAUGACGACGAGGAGCAAGAGGAGAAACAGGAAGAGUGGUAUCAAUUGCAAGAGAAAAAAAUGGAAAAAGAUCCAAGCAAAUUGCUUCUGUGGGCUGCUGAAAAAAAUCGGCUUGCUACCGUGCAGAGGCUGCUUUCUGAGAAGGCCACUGAAGUGAACACUAGGGAUGAGGAUGAGUAUACGCCUCUUCACCGAGCAGCCUACAGUGGACACUUAGACAUUGUUCGUGAGCUGGUGGCACAGGGGGCAGAUGUUCACGCAGUGACUGUGGAUGGCUGGACACCGCUGCACAGUGCUUGUAAGUGGAACAAUGCCAGGGUAGCCUCUUUCUUACUUCAGCACGAUGCAGACAUCAACGCCCAAACCAAAGGCCUCUUGACCCCCUUGCACCUUGCUGCUGGGAACAGGGACAGCAGGGAAACCCUGGAGCUGCUCCUGAUGAAUCGUUACAUCAAACCGGGGCUGAAGAACAACUCACAGGAAACUGCCUCCGAUAUCGCCAGGAGGACCAGCAUCUACCACUACCUCUUUGAAAUCGUGGAAGGCUGCACAAACUCUUCACCCCCGUCUUAACGGCGCUAGUAAUUUCCUCACGCUUCAAAGUCCCAGUGCCUCCUAUGUGUGAGAGGUAAAGCAGCCCCAUAGACAGCCGGUUUCUCACUACUCAAUUAUUGUUGUAUGAAUCACAGUUUUCUUCCAAGUGACCUGCUCAAGCUUGAUGUCAAAAUGUAUUUGACAGGUGUUUGGAUGUAUCUGUGGUGAAUGCUGCAGAGUACUUUUAACUGGACACAGGUAAUACAGAAGCUAAGGGUAUUUUUUUGGUGCUGAUUUAAAAGAAAAGUAUUUUUAAAUACCCCAUACUCUGGGUUUUUGUUCGGUG